AAGUGAGAGACCAUAACGUUGAUUUAAAUAUUAUCCAGGUGACCACAAUAAGUCAAGGUCAUAAAACAGUAAUGUCAGGACGGUCUUGGUGCGCGCGAGAGGUGGAUUUUAUGAUCUGCAAAUAUAAUGUGGUGCUGCAGUAAAAGAUGCAUUUAAAGGUGACUGGAGGAGGGAGAGAGGCAGAGAGCAAACUGCAAUCUUGAGGAGCAGACGGAUCUUAUUGCCUUCGGUACUGGGCUGGGUGCACCCCACUGCUGCUGGGGGGCACCCCAAGAGCCCCCACCCACCCAAAGACAGGAAUAAACUUAACCACCAGAGGGGUACAAGGAGCUCACACCCCACCCUCCACAACAGCUAACAGAAGCGCUGGGCAGCAGAAGGAGGAGGCAGCGGCAAGCCGGGGCUCAACCCCUGGACCUCCAGAAAUGACGUCAGAAUCAUUUGCAUCCUGCUGCCUCUACCUGCCUAGUCCUGCUGGGACCCUAGCUCGCCAGGCCCGAGGCCAGAGGGUUGGUCCUCAUUGAACUUCCUCUUCCUGCGAAAGAGGGGCGCUGCCCAGUGACCUACUCUGAAACACCAUCGCCAUGAAUGGAGACCUCUGGAAAAGCACUGGAGCCGAGGCCCACCGGGCCCACUGGAAGCCAGAGAGGAGCAUCCUGGGCGGGGGCCGAAUCCCAGCCUCUCGACAGCCCCCCAAUGCCCAGGCUUUGGAGCCGAGCUGGGAGCCUCCCAUCUCCCUCUGCGGGGGAGGGUUGUCAUUCUGGCGGGGUGUGCACUGGGGGACACCCCAGCUCCUACCAGCUAUCCCCCCAUCACCCCCCCCCCCCAGGCAGAAGCAGCACCACACACAAAAAAAAUUGGAUACAUUUUGAAUAAAGCGAUUCGGUUCCUUAUCCGGGGACUGGGUUGCUCCGUGUGAUUGGCCGGCGGAGUCACAUGGUGAAAGUAACUUUACAGGGUCGCUAGCUAGUAGGAGGGCUUUAUGGAGCAGAAAAACGACAAAGCGAGAAAAAUUAUUUUCCACUCCAGAAAUUAAUGAUCAUGAGCUCGUAUUUGAUGGACUCUAACUACAUCGAUCCGAAAUUUCCUCCAUGCGAAGAAUAUUCGCAAAAUAGCUACAUCCCUGAACACAGUCCGGAAUAUUACGGCCGGACCAGGGAAUCGGGCUUCCAGCAUCACCACCAGGAGCUGUACCCACCACCGCCUCCGCGCCCUAGCUACCCCGAGCGCCAGUAUAGCUGCACCAGUCUCCAGGGGCCGGGCAGUUCGCGAGGCCACGGGCCGGCCCAGGCGGGCCACCACCACCCCGAGAAAUCGCAGCCGCUCUGCGAGCCGGCGCCUCUCUCGGGCGCCUCCGCCUCCCCGUCCCCAGCCCCGCCAGCCUGCAGCCAGCCAGCCCCCGACCAUCCCUCCAGCGCCGCCAGCAAGCAGCCCAUAGUCUACCCAUGGAUGAAAAAAAUUCACGUUAGCACGGUGAACCCCAAUUAUAACGGAGGGGAGCCCAAGCGCUCGAGGACAGCCUACACCCGGCAGCAAGUCCUGGAAUUAGAGAAAGAGUUUCAUUACAACCGCUACCUGACCCGAAGGAGAAGGAUCGAGAUCGCCCACUCGCUGUGCCUCUCUGAGAGGCAGAUCAAAAUCUGGUUCCAAAACCGUCGCAUGAAAUGGAAGAAGGACCACCGACUCCCCAACACCAAAGUGAGGUCAGCGCCCCCGGCUGGCGCUGCACCCAGCACCCUCACGGCAGCCACCCCGGGCACUUCUGAGGACCACUCCCAGAGCGCCACGCCGCCGGAGCAGCAACGGGCAGAGGACAUCACCAGGUUAUAAAACAUAACUCGCACCCCUGCCCCCACCCCGUGCCCAUAUCCUCCCCUCACACACAAAUUGACUCUUAUUUAUAGAAUUUAAUAUAUAUAUAUUUUUGGUUCAUUUUCUCUCUUCCUCCUGCCUUCUCCCUUGUCAAUUCCAAACAGACAAAACAGAUAAACAGGCCCCUUGCCCUUCUCUCCCUUCCACUGUUAAGGACCCUUUUAAGCAUGUAAUAUUGUCUUAGCAUGGUACCUGCUGGGUUUUUUUUUAAAGGCCAUGGGGGGGUAUUUAUUUUUUAAGAAAAAAAGCUGCAAAAAAUAUAUAUUGCAAGAUGCGAUGGUCUGGUUUGGGUGAGUUUAAGGGGAAAUGAGGAAAAAAGGGGGGGGGAAAGGGAGCUUUUUAAGCCAAUUCCCGUCCUCUUCUCCUCCUCCUUCCCCCCUCCCUCUUUCCUUAGGCCUUUUUGCAUUGAAAAUGCACCAGGGGAGGUUAGUGAGGGGGAAGUCAUUUUAAGGAGAACAAAGCUAUGAAGUUCUUUUGUAUUAUUGUGGGGGGGGUAGGAGAAGGGGGGAGGAUAACAGACAAAGCUGAACGCAUCUGAAGAGCCUUCCAGAGCUGUUCAGUUUGAGGAGCCAAAAGAAAAUCAAAGUGAACUUUCAGGAAAAAGGCAGUCUAGAGGUAGAAUCUCCCCUACCCCCAUCGUGGUUAUUGUGUUUUUGGACCGAAUUUACUUGAUUAUUGUAAAACUUGCAAUAAAGAAUUUUAGUGUUGAUGUGAAAUGCCCAGUGAUCAAUAAUAAACCAGUGGAUGUGAAUUAGUUUUA